UACACAGUGAAUAUACAAUUUUACCAAAAAGAAGCAUUUAUUUUUAUCACAAACAUUUUGCACAAAAAGUUUUAGAUUACAUUUAUAAUUUUUAUAAUUAAUAUAUUAAAAGUAAAUACUCAUUACUUUCUAACAUGUCCGAAGAUUGUGUUGUUACCAAUGAAAUAACCAAUAAUCGAAAUAAACAAAAUGUUAGAUGUUGUUUUUGUAAUUCACUCAUUUUAAAAGAGCAGCAGGGUCUGUACGAAAAAAGUCAGUUUGAUUUACCUUUAAUGCAUCAAAAGAAUACCAAAGAUGUUCAUACUAUAGAAACUGAAAAGCUUGAAGAUUUUUGGCUUGUCGAUGACAUGUUUACAUUUGAAAAUAUUGGUUUUUCCAAUACCAUUGACCAGCGAAAAUUUUUAAUUUGUGCCGACUGCGACAUGGGCCCAGUGGGCUAUCAUGAUUUGGCUACGAAAAAAUGUUACAUUGCCUUGAAACGGGUUAAACAUGGCAAUGAACCUGUAAAGGCUGUGACGACUGCCACGUAAGAAAUGGCCCGAAUAUUGGAUUUUUUUUGAUUCCUUAACAAAUGUAUUUUGUUUGUUUUAUUUGUAUUAGAAAUUUUGUAAUUUAUUUAAAUAGUAUUUUAAAUAAUUUCAUAUAUUAAAGACGCAUCUUAUUGGAAUA